CUAGCAUUCAUCUCCCUCAUCCUCAUAUUUGAUUGAGCGGAAUUUUUAUAGUUUCCAAAGCCGCAGUAUCGUCCUUUUACAGACUGUAUGCUCUUUUAUUGUAAUUCAACAUUUUUAACUCCUUCGCUCUUCAAAGAAAUCUGAAAUCCUCACCAACCCCGCGGCCUCGCCUCUCUCUCUCUCUCUCUCUCUCUCUUCUUCGCCGCAUCCAUCCCCUUUCCACAUUGUGAGGGAACUGAGAAGAAGCCAUUUCUGCCUUCUCCCUACUUUGUUCUUCCUCAUUUCCUCCAAUUCUUCUAGGGUUUCACCUACCUCCAUGACGGCGGCUUCCUGCUUCUCGUGACUCCUGGAGUCUGCAAUCGGUAUCAACUCAGGCAGCAUGGAUCCCCAUCUCCUCUUCCUUCUCCUUCUCUUCUACUUAUCGGCACUCACGCAAGCUCAACCGUCUUCGGACACUCUUUCGUUGCUGGAGUUCAAGAAGGGAAUCGCCGCUGAUCCCACCGGCGUGGUCCGCACCACGUGGAAUCCAGUGGCAUGGGGUUCUGCUUCGGCAGUGGACUCCUGCCCGCGCUCCUGGCACGGCGUCACCUGCGACGACUCCGGCGCCAUCAUCGCAGUUGCACUUGAUGGCCUUGGUCUCUCUGGCGAGCUCAAGUUCAGCACGAUCGUCGGCAUGAGGGCGCUUCGCAACCUCAGCCUCUCUGGCAACUCUUUUACUGGCCGCCUUGUGCCGGCUAUCGGGGCAAUGACAUCGUUGCAGGUCGUUGAUCUGUCAGAGAACCGCUUCUAUGGACCGGUUCCGGGAAAGUUAACUAACCUCUGGGGCCUUGUCCACCUCAAUCUCUCGUCCAAUGGUUUCAAGGGUGGAUUCCCCUCCGGGAUCCAGAAUCUGCAGCAGCUGAGGGUGCUUGACCUACGAUCCAAUGCGCUCUGGGGUGACGUUGGGGCCAUACUUUCGGAGCUGAGGAACGUGGAGCAUGUGGAUCUGAGCAACAACAAGUUCUACGGUGUCCUUUUCAUGGAGUCAAGCAAUUUCUGGAGCUUGGCCAACACCGUUAAGUACAUGAAUCUGAGUUAUAAUCGCUUAAGUGGAAGGUUCUUCUCAAAUGAUUCCAUGAGAUUGUUUAGGAACCUAGAAAUAUUGGAUUUGGGACAAAAUCAGCUCACAGGGGAGCUCCCUUCGUUUGAUUCCCUGUCUAAUUUGAAGGUUUUUCGUGCUGGUAAUAAUCUGCUGGAUGGACCAAUAACAGAGGAACUAUUUGGGAGUGCAAAGCAGUUGAUGGAGCUUGAUCUCAGCGGGAAUGGGUUUACAGGAAGCAUCCAAAAUGUCAGUUCUACGACUAUAAAGUCUUUGAACCUUUCUUCAAAUUCAUUAACCGGCCACUUACCUUCUAGUCUUGGGAGCUGCACGGUCUUGGAUUUGAGUAAAAACAUGCUAUCUGGAAAUCUCGUAGUAAUGCAAAAUUGGGAUUACAAAUUAGAGGUUAUCAAGUUGAGUUCAAAUAUGCUGGCAGGCUCUCUACCUUCUGCAUUAGGAAAAUACCCAAAGUUAUCAAUCGUUGAUCUUAGUCUAAACCAACUUACAGGAUCUGUGCUUCCAAGCUUCUUCACAUCUCUAACUUUAACAAGUUUGAAUCUGUCAGGGAAUCAGUUCAAUGGAUCAAUUCCACUUCAAGCGUCACAACUGACAGAAUCGAUACUUAUGACAAAUAAUCAUUUACAAAGCCUUGAUUUAUCUAAUAAUUCAUUAUCUGGUUCAUUACCUCCUGAAAUCAGUACUAUGACGAGUCUUAAUAUUUUGAUUCUUGGCAAGAAUUCCUUAUCUGGGAAGCUUCCUAUCGAAGUAAAUAAUCUUCAUGAAUUGGAGGUUCUUGAUCUCUCCCUUAAUCAUUUUAUUGGAGCUAUUCCAGAUAUGAUUCAGCUUGAUCUGAAGGUUUUCAAUGUUUCCUAUAAUGAUCUUUCUGGUGAAAUUCCUCAAAGCUUGCUGAAGUUUCCAUUGUCGUCAUUUCGUCCUGGAAACACUUUACUAGACUUCCCAAACCAUCUCUAUGUGGGAAAGAAUAAUAGUGGAGUUGUUGAAAACAUUAGUCACCGCAAUCGCUCGAAUGUUAGUAUUAGAAUUGCAUUAAUUGUUGGUUCAAUUGGAGCUGUGAUGUUGAUUUUUGUUAUGUUCAUUGCAUUCCAUAAGAUAAGAUCCAAAGAGUUUUGUGUGAAGAUUGGGUUUGGAGGAGAGGCUGCUGGAAGAGAUGCAUUAGAUAUAUUUGGUCACCCUAACAGAUUCAGCACUUCAAAAGAUGAUCCAUUGCCAACUUCAACGAGUUUUUCAAAUGAUCACUUAUUAACUUCUGCAUCUCGAUCACUUUCUGCACAGAAGGAUUUAUUAAUCGAAACAGUGGAAUAUGGCUAUUCAGAUCCAAGAGGCACUAAUGCGGAACCGUUUCCUGGUCUUCAUGAACGCAAAUCUUCCCGAGGCUCUCCUCCAUCUUCAUCGACGCUUUUAUCCGAUUCACAUGCAUUGGAGCAGCCAGUGCUGUUGGAUGUAUGCACACCUGAUAGGCUGGCGGGAGAGCUUUUCUUUUUGGAUACCUCUUUAAUAUUUACAGCCGAGGAAUUAUCACGAGCCCCAGCGGAAGUUCUUGGUAGAAGCAGUCAUGGGACAUCUUACAGGGCAACCUUGGAUAAUGGUCAUAUGUUGACUGUCAAGUGGUUGCGUGUGGGUCUUGUCAAGCAUAAAAAGGACUUCGCCAAAGAAGCCAAAAGAGUUGGAACCAUCAGACAUCCAAAUAUCAUCUCUUGGAGGGGCUAUUAUUGGGGUCCUAGAGAGCAGGAAAGAUUAAUAAUUUCAGAUUACAUCCAUGGAGAUAGUUUGGCGCUUUAUCUAUAUGAGUCAACACCACGUCGAUACUCCAGAUUAUCAGUCAACCAGAGGCUAAAAGUAGCCAUUGAUGUAGCUCGAUGCCUGUACCAUUUUCAUCACGAUAGAGGAUUGCCACAUGGUAAUCUGAAGCCAACAAAUAUAAUUUUGACUGGUCCAGAUCUCACAGCAAAUCUUACAGACUAUGGUCUUCAUCGUCUCCUAAUACCCAGUGGCAUCGCCGAGCAAAUUUUACAUCUUGGAGCACUCGGUUAUCGAGCUCCAGAAUUGUCCACCGACAAACCGUUACCAUCUUUUAAGGGUGAUGUAUAUUCCUUUGGGGUGGUAUUGAUGGAAUUACUAACUCGAAAAAGUGCUGGUGAUAUAAUUUCAGGCCAGCCUGGUGCUGUUGAUCUAACCGACUGGGUCCAAAUGUGCACUAGAGAAGGACGAGGAACUGAUUGUUUUGAUCGAGAUAUUGCCGGCUUAGAGGAGUCUCCAAGGGUGAUGGAUGAGUUGCUUGCUGUGUCCCUAAAAUGUAUUCUUCCUGUAAAUGAGAGGCCUAACAUCCAGACUAUAUAUCAAGACCUUAUUUCCAUAACAAUGUAAGGUUUUUUGUACAUGUUAUGGAAUUUAAUUUGACAUUUUUUUUCUUUA